AAGAAAACAAGAAUCGUGUUCCUGGGAGAACAAGGCACCGGAAAAACCUCGGUGAUCACGCGGUUCAUGUACGACACUUUCGACCAAACCUACCAGGCGACCAUCGGCAUUGACUUCCUCGCGAAAAACUUCAAACACAAUGACAAAACCUUCAAACUGCAGCUGUGGGACACCGCGGGCCAAGAGCGCUUCCACUCUCUGAUCCCGAGCUACAUCCGGGACUGCUCGGCAGUGGUGGUAGUAUACGAUUUGACGAACCGCGAGUCGUUUGAAGCUGUGGACAACUGGAUCGAGUGCGUAUACAAGGAGCGCGGCCGCGACGUGAUCAUUGCGCUUGCGGGAAACAAGAGCGACGCGGCGAAAAGUCGCGCGGUGAGCGUGGAGGAGCAGGAGGCGAAAGCGAAGCAGUACGACGCGAUUUUUUUUGAAACGAGCGCGAAGUCCGGCACUAACGUGCGCGGGCUGAGGCGACCAAAACUAUUAAUGUGA